CAAAAAAAAUUACUUCAAAAACGGAGAGUUCAAUUUUGCUGACGGAGAUAAAAUUAUCAGUGAUUCAACACCAUUUAACAGUUGUUUUUUGCAUUUAAUAUUGUUUUCAGGACGUGAAUGUCUAAAUCGACGCAUUUAUCUUAACUUCCUUAUCCUCACGUUCUGUUUUCCCGCACUUGUAAUAACUAUCAAGUUCCGAUUGCUGCAUUCUUAUCUCCGCAUUAUCGUUGUCUGGUAAGCUGAUCAUCACAAAAUUUUACAUCUUAACAGCUCAGUUAAAGCUGAACCGGGCGAGCUUCUUAUCAGCUAGCUAGAGCAUUAUUACCCAGUGCAGGUUGGCGUACAGCGUCAACAUCCGACUGUUGACAAUCCUGGGGGCGCUAGCGAGUGUCAUGAUGGACAGCGAUCGGACCACAUCUUCAGCGACCGAAGCGGAAGAGAUUCUCUUUCUGAAACAUGCCAAAUACUUUGUCCGGUUUCUCAAUAUCCUGCCGCCUCGAUUGGCCUCGCACGAUUCCACCAGGGUCACGAUAGCCUUCUUCGCGGUAAGUGGCCUGGAUGUGUUGGAUGCCCUGCAUCUCUUGUCAGACUCUUUCAAAACGGACAUCAUCAACUGGAUCUACAAGUUGCAGGUGGUCCCGAAACCGGGCAACAGGCCUUGCGGAGGAAUUCAGGGCUCCAGUACUCUCAACAUAGAAAACGCUCCGGACUGCUGUGGACUCGAUGCCUACCGGUGGGGUCAUCUCGCCAUCACCUACACCGGAAUUGCCGUAUUGGUAGCGCUCGGUGACGAUCUAUCCCGGCUUGAUCGGCGUGCUAUUAUUGAUGGUGUAGCAGCGGUGCAGCGGGAGGACGGAAGCUUCAGUGCAACCAUUGAGGGCAGCGAACACGAUAUGCGGUUUGUGUACUGCGCUGCAGCCAUUUGUGCAAUGCUCAACGACUGGGGCAAAGUCAAUAAGAAGAAGAUGGCCGAGUACAUUAUGAAGAGUAUUCGAUACGAUUAUGGAAUUUCCCAGCACUACGAAAUGGAAUCUCAUGGUGGAACCACGUUUUGUGCUAUCGCAGCUUUGCAUUUGAGCGGACAAAUGGGCGUGCUAGAGCCGGAAGUGAAGGCUAGCAUCGUUCGAUGGCUGGUAUUUCGACAGCAAGAUGGUUUCCAGGGCAGACCGAAUAAGCCGGUGGACACCUGCUACUCCUUUUGGAUUGGUGCUACGUUAAAAAUUCUCGAUGCUUUUGAACUUACCAGCUUUAAGGACAAUCGGGAGUAUGUCCUAUCUACGCAGGAUAAAACCGUUGGUGGGUUUUCCAAGUGGCCUGGCUCGCACACCGAUCCAUUUCACACGUAUUUUGGUAUUUGCGGUUUGAGUUUUCUGAAAGAACCCGGACUGCAGCAGGUGAUGCCUUCGUUAAACAUAUCGCAACGCGCCUUCCAGAGACUUACUCAGCUGCAUACAGAGUGGGAGCUGUAUUCGAAUGAAAGCAGCGUCGAUAAUAAUGACAUUCGAGUUAACAUUGAAUGAAUCGUCCAGCUUUGUACCAGUGCAAUUUUUUAUAGCAAAAUGUCUAUCGCACACUAAAUCUUGCAUAGUUGUCUUAAAGUUCAAUCACGUGUUGCCGAUUGAAGUGAACUAUGCUACAAGUUGUAAAAUUUUUAGUUGCGAUUAUUGCGUGGCAAAAUUUCAUCAAAUUGAAAAAAAAUGUAGGUAUCCAAUAUGUAGGGACAAUAUUAAAUGUAAAGAAAUAAAGUGAAAUCGA